GUGUGCACGUCAGAGCGAGUUGGCCCAGUUAAAUUUCCCUGCCACAUCUGUCAAACGGUCUUGUUUGCUAAGCCUAGUGUUUAAGUGUGGAUCGGCUGAGGUUCUCGUCUCCUAGCUGGCUGCUCGGCUCUGCUUUGCUGGACUCAGAUCACUGAUGAAGAAGUCUACUAGGACCCAGUGCUGUCACAGCCCCAUCCAGAGGGGAGAUAUGGGCUCUGCUUGUGCUCCGCUCCUCUUCUCCGCCAUCUUGUGGUCAAUGCCUUACACUGGCGCUACUGCUGUGCCGUCCUUAUCCAAACCCAACCGGACAGACCUCCUCCACCUCUCCAGACCUGGGUUUGAGGCAGACCUGGAUUCUGACUGGACUAACCUGAAUAUUACUGGCAUCCACGCUCCUCGUGGCCGACGGAGGCGCGGCAUCUCCUACAGAGAAAUGAACAGCUUGUUGGAUUAUCACAACAGUGUCCGCUCCGAAGUCUUCCCACAAGCUGCCAAUAUGGAGAUCAUGGUGUGGGACGAGAAACUGGCCAAAUCGGCAGAAUCCUGGGCCUCCCGCUGCAUCUGGGAUCACGGACCACCACAGACCAUGAGAUACAUGGGCCAAAACCUGUCCAUCCACUCCGGCAGGUAUCGGUCAGUCAUUGAUCUGGUGAGGUCCUGGCAUGAUGAGAAACACUACUUCUCCUACCCUAACAGAUGCAGUGGAUCCGUGUGUUCUCACUAUACACAGAUGGUGUGGGCCAAUACCAAUAGGAUGGGAUGCGCCAUCAACAAAUGCCCAAACAUGAGCGUGUAUGGAAGCUCCUGGAGGACAGCGGUCUUCCUGGUUUGUAACUAUUCUAUCAAGGGUAACUGGGUUGGAGAGGCUCCCUAUAGAAGAGGCAAACCAUGUUCUGCCUGCCCAUCGAAAUAUGGAGGUGUGUGUAACAGAAACCAGUGUUCCUACAGCGAUUCAAAACCCAAAGCCAGAAAACCCUAUUAGAAACAUACUAUAACAUUGCACAGCAGUCAAACUCUUUUAAUUAAUGGAAGAAUAAGUAAUUAAACAUUUCUGGCGAGUGCUUUUGAACAUUUAGAAAUAUGUUUCCCUCAAGAAUACCUACUCAAUCUCGCUUUUCCACUUGUUCAUCGACCAAGAACAUGUGCAAGAGGAGAUUCAGUACAUAUUAUAAAGACUUACAAAUAUUGAAAAGCACAAGCUCUGCUUUAUUUCAUAAAGUUGGAAAUAACUAAAAAGUCCCAACGUCAGUACCACUAUGUUUGAUGCAGUAUCUGUUGAAUGACAGAGAAGUAAUGCUUUGCCCCGUUGGUUAUGAUGAUUAUGCAAACAACCCUGAUGUUAUGCCAGUUGGGUUUAAAAGCUCUGUUUAGGGGCUGGACAUAGUAUAUACAGAAUCCAGCUCCUUAAUGCUCAGAACACGAGUGUAGGCCUUUGACAAUGAGUUAAAUCCACAAACUGUUUGCACUACUUUUGGUUGAUUCUUCAAGUAACUUUUUGUGAUGCUAUUUGUUUAGGAAAAAGUAAGCACUUUUAUAAUUCACUGUUAAUUAUUAUUUUAUUUGUAUUGUUUACUUAAUUUGUUUACUUUAUAUUUAGACACAUGGAUGAUGUUGGUUAUGUGUUGUGUCAUAGACCAGUUGUUUUUUAUAAUUUGUAAUUUACUUAUAUGAGCUCAUAAAUGGCCUGAAAUUGAUGUUAUCGAGCAUUCUCUGAAUAAAAAUAAUUAAUUUAAACUAAACUAGUGUUUUCAUUAAACCUUACACAAUAUAUUUAUUUUUUUAACUGUUACCAUGCUUUCUUCAGCCAAUCCCAUUUUACAUUUACAUAACAUUUUAAUGAAUGUAUUCCUAAACAAAACAUGACAGCAUAGACAACACGCCAUGACUACUGGCUGUAUUACGCAUAUUCUCUCAAAUGGCCCUUGGUGUCUGUGCGUAUUUAACUAGAAGGCCAAUGGAGGCAAAGGGGUUCUGCUUUGUCUUGUUGUUCAGUUAACUGAUCCUCCAUAUUCACCCAGAGAGAGGGUCUAUCGCUGCCAUAAAACUGCUCUAAUGUGACUUUUAUGGGCAUAAUUAUGGGAACAUUUGCAUCAGUGGACCCUCCUGAAAUGUAACUGGUUCACAUCCAUUAACAAAUGUUCCCUUAACACAGUACACUACCAUACAGGUUGGUUAACAGCCACUACUUGGACUUAUCCCUAUUUACAUGUUCACGCUUAUAACAUGGUUAAGUCCAUUCUGGGGCAGUUUACUAUCUCAUACACCAAAAGUGAAAGUUCCCACAAAGAAAGUAAUGAACUAUUUUGUAAUAUUAUCAGUGUGAGAAGAGAGCGUAUUGCCAUCAACAUAGAUAUUUGUAUGAAGUUACAUUU